AUGAGGCAGGUGAGUAAGGCCUUGGAAGCUGUUGUGUCCAUGGACAAAUCUCUUAAAAUAGAUUUGAAGAAGGUUAAGGAUGAGAUUAAGAAAGGGAUUACAAGGAUUAUUGAGGAUUUGAAAGUUUUGAAAUUGGAUGAGAAAGUAAGGGAGGAUUUGAAGAGUUUGAAGCAGAAGAUUGAGGGGCUUAGAAGUAAAGUGGAUGGUAGUACCGUAAAUAACACAGAACUUGUAAGCGAGCAUUUGAAAUUGCUGGAAUCGGCUAAGGAGCCGCUGCAUACACUUGCUAGUAAGGAUGGUGAUAAGUCAAUCGUGAACCUGACGGGAGAACUUGACAGUAAGUUUCAGAGAGAGAUCCAACAGCCGCUUAGCCGGGCGGUCGGUGCAGUUGACAAGGCGAUUGGGGCGCUUGGGGAGAAGUUUACUAUUAGUGGCAGCAAAAAUCCAGGAACUAUUCACGAGAUUCUUGGACAUAUUCACAAGGAGGUUGCGGCAAUUAAGGGGGAGCCGGGGAGUUGGAACGUUUGGUUUCUUGAAGGUGGUAAAGGUGUUGAAGGCAUCAAAAAUUCGGUAACGAAUUAUUUUGAUGCGUUCAGCGGGACUACUAAAUUUGAAGAAAGAGUUAGUGGUUGGACCGAACAAACAAUUUUGCAUUAUAACGGUCUCGUGAGGAAGAUUAUUAAUAUGAGGGGUCCGUAUGAUGAGGCUGAGAAGGAUAAAUUCAACAACGUCGCAGGGGAGAUUAGGAAAAAGCUUCUGAGCGACGCAGAUGAAGCAGGCCGAAAGGUUCAAAGCGUGAAAAAUGGCGACGGCGGAGACAUCGCAAAAAGCAUCCAAGCUGUGAAGGAGGGUUGCGAGAAUUUUGCCAACGCGCUUGAUGAGAAGCUGAAGAGUGGCGCAUUAAGUGCAUCAGUCGACCAGAUUCAGAAGGGGCUGCAGGAUCAGCAUUUCAACUACCCAAAAUGCGUCUGCGUCUGCGGCGCUGUGGGCUGCGAUAAGUGCACAAACUGCGACCAAUUUUGUAAGAAAAAAUCCUUCGUCGUCGCCGUACUCUGUGCCCUCACCUCUACAGCCCGGCAGGUGGGCAACGAACUGUAUUCGUUUGCCCUCAACAACGGCAAGGAUGGCAGCCUGGCAUCAAUGUUGGAUAACGCGUACAAAACAACAACUGAUCUCGACAAUCAGCUUGGACAAGCGACUCAGCCAGUCCACCAAGGAACCUCCAACCAAGACAGCCCCGCCGGAGCCGUGGACAAUAGGUUGCAGGUGGUGAGGGAUGAGAUUAAUACAAGGAUUGUGAAUAACUUCAAUAACCAUGUAAUUAAUGAACUUCAACGGAAAGUUCAAGAACUUCCCACCGCCGUUAAUCAGUUCGACACUGAAGCUCAAGAGCAGAUCAAGGAUGCGGCCAAGACGGCGAUUGAGAAGGCGGCUAAUCAAAUCGAGAUGGAAAGUGGUAGUAAAAAUCAGGUAAGCGUUGAGCAGAAUAUGAACACGUUUCACGGCGCACACCAAAAUAUUGUAAAUAAUCUCCAAGAGGACCUUAAUAAGGAAGUGAACAAGUACAUUGGGGAGGAUGACCCGCCGACAGGCGGUCAAGGUGUGACAGCCGAGAAAGUCAAACUGCCCGAGGACGAUGACCACUUUAAGGACUACAAAGGUUUCGUCAAGGCAGAAGAGCUUUCUAAAUUCCUCAAGGCCACUGACCUAAAAGACAUCGAUCAAGCAGGUUCUCUUCCACUGGUGAUCGGGGACAUCAAGAGUGAGGGUCUGAAAACGCUUAGCAUCAUCGAUCCCAAUAUCAGGGGCGGUGCAGACAAAAUAAAUACCACAACAUUCGAUGAUCCGUUCAGAGAAAUCACCGAAGAACUCGAAGCCAUCGCCGGGCUGAUUGACAGUGAACAGUCGACGACGCCGAAACCGCAGGAUGAGAAAGAUGGCGUCAAGGACUAUUUAAAGGAUCUGAGUGGGAUGCUUCAAAAUCAUAACACUGUUACUCUUAAGUCCACUUUAGAUCCAAAAAUUAAUAAGGAUGUCAAAGGCCUCCAAGCAAUUCAUGAUAAGAUUAACAACCUGCAAAAGGAAACGUUUAAUGACAAACCCGCUGCAAUCGACACAGCCGUCACAGCAAUUAGGAAGGAGCUUAAAGACCUUAGAGGGAGUGGCCUUGGGAAAAUUGAGAGUGACCUUAGUGAGGAAAUUAAGAGGUUACCGCAGGAAACGAAGAAUAUCGAUGAUGCCAUAAAAGCCAUUGUAUGGGAGCUUGCAAGAAUCAAAGUCAAAAUAAAUCAUGAGCUCUAUCCAUUUGACGUCAUGGACCAUUUGCGGCGGUUGGGGAAAAAGAUUGGUAACACUCAGAAUGGAUAUAGCGACAAUCUUCAACAGAUUCAAAAGGUGAUUAGUGAGUUGCAAAAAGGACCCUUUAGUACACAACCUGAAACAAUUGGAGACACCAAUGACGCAAUUAAAGGAGAACUUAAGAAGCUCCGAGGUGUGUUGGAAGGCAGUACAGGCGAUGAAGAUGUCAUGUUGACACUGAAGGAUUUGAUGGGCCCUGGGCUUGGCGAUAAAAAUACAAAAGGGGUGGGGAAAACCAAUAACAUUUUCCUCACCCUUCACUCCACUGAGAACUCCAUGAAGGAAAGCCAUCACCCCGUCGCAGAGCCUGUCAAGGUCCGAGUACACGAUGCCGGUGCCAUCGUAGCCUUUGGAAGUUUCUUGGUAACCAAGGAACUUCUCCAAGCCUUCAGUGAGAUUUUCUAA